AUGGAUCAGAUGACCAGGAAAGAAGGAUUCCCGCUCUUUAUGUACAAUGAGUUCGACGUGGCCGCUCUCUGUCAACUCGCGAGCAACAUGCGACAGAAUAUCGCGUGCACAUGCGACUUGAAUCAACGUCCGAAACGAGGUGGCUUCAACUGGGCCGUUUUCGUUUUAUUUGAGGAUGGCCUUGAAUGGGUUCUUCGCUCGCCCGUGCAGAAUCAUCCCGAGCUGUCUUACAAUAGUGUCGCAAAACUUCUUUCAAGCGAAGCUGCUACACUCAACUAUCUCAGAGCCCACACUGAGAUACCUGUUCCUGAAGUUUACUCUUAUUGUGCCUCUCCAAACAACCCCCUCCGGAUCCCGUACAUUUUGAUGAGCAAGGCACAGGGCAAGGCGUUGGAAACAAUGUGGGGGGGAACUGAUAUCCACCACCGUCUUGAUUCACUCGAAAUCAACAAAGUGAUGUCUCAACUGGGCCACAUUACAUGGAAACUCGCUCAAGUCCGGUUUGACAAAGUUGGGUCUCUAUUUGAGGGAAAUGGGUUCUUCUUUAUUGGAGAAUGCCUAUCCAAAGGCCACAUACAACAUAAGAGAGAUUGCUUGGCGGGCAUUCCGCGUGGACCUUUUUUCAGCGAGACGGACUUCUUCCGUAGUCUCAUAGCGGCUUUGAUCCGGCAUGCCGAAAUGCUGCCGUUGAUACACCAUUGCUUCACUGCACCGGUUCCCUCUAAGAAUGACUACCCCAACAAGGAUCUGUGGGAGGGUGCCUGCGACCUUUGGAAUCAAUACGUCACAGUUGGACAAAAGAUCGACAGCGCCGCGAAUAGAGUUGACCACGUUAUUGCGGCCCAUCUGGUUAAUCAGUUGAUCUUUGAAUACGCGGGCAAAUGGUCCGAAGUCACAACGCCGGUCAGGUUUGCACUCUGCCACCCAGAUCUCACUAUGGGCAACAUAUUCGUCGAUAAUCAAUACAAUAUUACGUGCAUCAUCGAUUGGGCGUUCGCCACAACUGUGCCCCUUCCCUUGCUUUUGUCGCCACCCGGCUUUCCCCAGUCGCGGCACAAGUUAGAUGAGAGAUUCUACCUUGGUUUCAGAGAUGGCUUCGAAGAUGCAGCCGGGUCCAAUGCAAACAGUCAAUUGGAGGACUUGUCUGUCUCCAAAGCUAUUGAGUGCACUCAAAACAGCCAAUUUGCUUGGUGUCUCACAAGGUUUCUAGCAUUUGAUUCCACAGACGACAUUUCACUUGUUCGUACCAUGUGGGAAUUAGUCUACCCAUCGAGACACGCGCUUGAGUCAUAUUUCUUUUCGCAAAGACUUCUACCGUAUUAUCGAAAGCUGUACAAAAAGAUCAGAAAGGAGGACUUGGCGGCCUUUCUGAUCGAAAAAUCAGAGCAUGAUCUUUUCACCAAAUCCUUGACCUUUGAGCGGUCUUUGGCUCGUCAUUUGACAAUGAUAUCAGACUACGGAUACAACUAUGACCCAUCCAAAUUAGCCGGUCUCCGAGAUACAGAGCGGAUAUUCGUAACUGAGCGACGACUUUGGCGGUGGAUUUUGGAAUUCAAAAGACAACACCGCGACAUCAUCGGCUUUGAAGACUGGGAGUUGUAA